AAAUUUGGAAAAAGUAGCUAAUAACACUUCCUUUUAUGUCCGCAUGCCUUAUAUAUGGAUGGUCAUUUUAACAUCAUAUAACAAAUCAUGUAAAUUUUGGGAAGCUAUGAUUCGGCAAGAUUCUCAUAUUUUUUGGGAAAGCUUUGAAUUUUUCAAUAUGAAAUUUUGGACUUUACGGCUUGCACUUCUUUCAAUCUUGAAUAAGAACAAAAACGUGACAAUGAAAGAUCUCUUCAGAGGCGCGUAUAAUCUUAAUGAAUUUGAGUUUUUAGAGCAUCAAGAGUGUGAAUUUAAGCUCCCUGACGAAAGUUCCAUAAAAUAUCGGGAACUUAAACAUCGGUAUCCUCAUAUAUCACAGGAUGAACAUCUGUCACCUUGUACCGUAUAUAAGAAUUGUAAAGGAACUCCAAUUGAUCUCUUUUUUUUCAUUAAUAAUUACCUUUUUGCGAUCCAAGUAAAAUCUUCAGACGAUAAAACUAAUCAGCCCCAGACUUUAAGCAAGAAAAUGAUAAAAGCCAUGUAUGAUAAAACUGAAAAGGCAUUUAAAAAAUUAAAGGAAAAAUUUCCUGAACUUAAGGACUGGAUGCUUUUCAUAUGUACAAACGGACCUAAGGCUGAAGAUGCUUUAGACUUAUUAUAUCCAAAUUGUCUUGUAAUAUAUAAAGCAAAUUUCAAGGAUUUUUAUGGAUAUACGUAUUCUAGUCGUGCUGAAUUUUCUGAAGCCAAUGAUAAAUUGGACGCUAAUACUGCUUCGGAAUAUGAACUAAGAACCGUUGAAAAGGUAAAAGAAAAAACUGCGCAUGAAAUAUGUAAAAAAAGGCUAUUUAAUGAUGAAGUUGAUCUAUAUAGCAAAGUCAGUAUGAAUAAACAAGCAAAGAAAAGGAUUAAGGUCGUAAAAAAAAAUUAAUUAGUGGGAAGUUAAUUUCUGCUUCAAUCAACAUACUUGCAUUUUUUUUAGCUGUAACGAUUUCAUGUAACAUAUUUUUUAAAAUUCUGCAAUGCAUAUGAAGCUUUGUUUUUCAGAAUAGAGUAUA